AUGACGCCAACACCAUCCAACUUCCACGGGUCCCUCCGACCUAAGCAGCUCCAAAUCGAUGACCUCAAGAGGGAAGACGACACAAAAGUGCCGCCAUCGACCGAUCACGGUGGAUCUAGGGAUUUCCCCGGAGCAAACCCAGACAAGAAGCCACAACGUCACCUCGGCGAUGCCUUCAAGAAGGGAGCGACGCCCGAAGCCGCCGCCAUCGCCGGCCUCGGCCAGCAACCGAGACAAGGCGUUAGCCCGGGACUUGUCGCGCCAUCCUGCUUCGUGCCCAAGACCGGACCACCUUCUUCCACCUUGCCCACCAACACCUCGCCGCUGCCUGGGGCCGCCGCCCCCGGAACUCCACCAGCACCUACCACUGCACCAUUGCAGCACCACCACGGCCAGGGCCUCCCGCGCCAGCCAGCCGCGACGCCCAGGCCACCCACGCCGGAGCCGGGCCGCGAGCCCCGGAUCCGGCCCGGCGGCGCCCGCCACCCUCGGCGCCGCCGCCCCCGCACGACCUCGCGCCACCACCUUCCCGAAGACCGGCCGCCGGCAGCCACGCAGCAGAGGCCGCCGCCGACGCCCUCCGCCGCGACCACCGGAUCGGGCCCACCGAGCCGCCGCGACCACGCACCGAGCCGCCGCAGGACAUCCUCCGCCGCGACCACCGGCCACCGCCGGCCGGUGCGCCGCUACCACGCCGCCCUCGCGGCCGCAGCAGCGAGCCACGCCGCCACCAACACCAGCGACCGGGGCCGCCGCCCUGCCUGCCGAUUCUCCCGCGCGAGCCACGGCGAGAAGACCCCCGCCCACCUUUGGGGACAGGGCCCGCCGCCACCGCGGCGAUGGCCGGCAGCGCAGCAGCGCGAGGGCGGCAGCGGCGGCGGGGGAGCUCCUUGGCGGCGCUAG